CAAAAAUAGAUAACAUUAAAAAAUCUAAAUAGUUACAUUAAUCUCCAAGUUACCCCCUUUAUUAAAAAAAUCCCAAUUUUCUCACCAACCAUAUUAGUCUUUUACUAUGGGCAGUGCUUGUCUUUCGUAGCUCUUUCUCUCACAAUUCCAGAUCCCUCCUUCCUUGAUCCCUUCUUCAUCUCUAACAAGAAGGGAGUCUUCAUUAAUUUUUGAUUUGGGGUUUUGAUUUUUGGUUCUCGGGGUAUUGAGAAUGAUGGGUUCAGAGGAUCAAGGUUUUGUAGAAGCUAAGUUAUACGCAUCUAGAGAAGAAAUGGAAAAUUUAGUUCUCGAUGAGAGAAAACCUAGUAAUGGUGGAAAGUUUCAUCCUUUAUCACUACCCACAACAAAAGAAGAUCCUUUAAACUCACCUUCUUCUUAUUCAUCAAAUAAAAGCCCUAAUUUUUCUGAUAAUCAUUACCUAGAACCACCAUCGUACGCAGAUGUAAUCUUCAGUCCAUUCCCUCCGAGUUGUGAAAAUGGAGGAUUUGGAACUGUAGAAUCGUUCAAUGGCGGGGGCAUUGAAAGCCCUAAUUUUGAUUCACCUAUAUCUAGAUCAUCAAGUUCCUUAAGUUCAUCCGGCGACUACUUAAAGAUUUCAGUUUCGAAUCCACAGAAAGAACAAGAAUUGAGUAAUACGAAUUUGAUUCCAGGUGGAAACACUUAUGUGACGUAUUUGAUUACUACUAGGACCAAUUUAGUUGAAUUUGGUGUGCCUGAAGUCAGUGUGAGGAGACGGUUUAAAGAUAUUGUGACGUUAUCGGAUCGAUUAUCGGAGUCUUAUCGAGGUUUUUUUAUCCCUCCCAGACCUGAUAAGAACGUAGUUGAAAGCCAAGUCAUGCAGAAACAAGAAUUUGUUGAGCAGAGAAGAUUGGCAUUGGAGAAGUACUUGUGUAGAUUGGCUUCACAUCCUGUGAUUAAGAAGAGUGAAGAAUUAAGGGUUUUCUUGCAGUGUCAAGGGAAGCUCCCAUUGCCAACUACUACUGAUGUAGCUUCUAGGAUGCUUGAUGGAGCUGUGAAUCUUCCAAAACAGCUGUUUGGUGAAUCGGUUAGUGUUGCUGCUCUGCAUGAAGUUGUGCAACCGGCGAAAGGAGGGAGAGAUUUAUUGAGGAUUUUUAAGGAAUUUAAACAAUCAGUGUCUAGUGACUGGGGUGGAUUCAAACCGUUAGUUGCAGAAGAAGAUAAAGAGUUCAUAGAGAAGAAAGAGAAGUUGCAGGAUCUCGAAACCCAACUCACUAGUGCAUCUCAACAGGCUGAAUUACUUGUUAAAGCUCAACAUGACAUUGGAGAGACACUGGGUGAAUUGGGUUUAGCAUUUGUCAAAUUGACUAAGUUCGAAUCCGAAGCGGCCAUGCAUAAUUCCCAGAGGAUACGAGCUGCUGAUAUCAAACGUUUGGCUACUGCUGCUGUCCACGCUAGCAGAUAUUAUCGAGAAUCAAAUGCGAAAACGGUCAAGAAUCUGGAUCCACUUCAUGAAUAUCUGGGUUUGAUGUUAGCGGUUCGUGGUGCAUUCUCGGAUCGCUCAAGUGCGCUAUUGACAGUACAGACCCUUCUAUCAGAACUGUCAGCCAUGGAGUCAAGAGCUGAAAAACUUCAAGUUGCAGCUUCCAAAAUAUUUGGGGGUGACAAGUCUAGAAUCCGUAAACUGGAGGAGCUUAAUGAAACCAUAAAAGUUACUGAAGAUGCAAAACUUUGCGCUGUUAAAGAAUAUGAACGUAUCAAGGAAAACAACCGGAGUGAGCUCGAAAGGCUAGAGAGGGAAAGGCAAGAUGAUUUUUUGAACAUGCUGAAAGGAUUUGUAAUGAAUCAGGUGGGGUAUGCAGAAAAAAUAGCAAAAGUAUGGGAGAAUGUUGCAGAUGAGACUAGUGGAUACAGAAAGGAGAACAAUAGUUAGCCGCUAAACUGUAAAUUUAUUUUCCAGCUUUCUCUGUUUCUUUUUGAUUGCAUUGCUCUUUUUAUCUUCUUUUUUGGUUUUUAAUUUCAUUCAUGUACACUAGUAGGAAAUAACGAGGUAAAUGGAGCUUUUCGAUCUCUCUUUUGAUUCUCUCCAUGAAGAAAUGACCGAUUGUUGAAAUGCUUACAGAUCUAUACAUAUUUUUUUGUAUCAAA